UACGAAAUGUUAUGACAAUACUUCGAUAAACUGUAGUUAACUUUUUAAGUUAAGCAUAGUUUAAAUCAUAAAAUUAACAAAUACAGAUAACUUAGGUAAUAUCAUAUAUGCAGAAUUUAAAAAUUAAAAUAAAAUUUGUCAGUUAAAAAUAAACAAAAUUUUGGGCUCUUAUAAUAGAGUUCAUUUUGAUACUAUAAUAACAACAUGGCAAACGAGUGCGAAGAACUUCUUCAAGAAGUUAGAAACGAAAUUUCAAAUUCCAGCGAAGACGAAGAAUGUAUAUUUACGUAUCAUCAGCCCUCAAUUUCAGAUGAAAUCCAUGUCGGUAUUUGUAGCAGAGAUUGUGCUAGUCAGACAAGUGUCACUGAAAUACUAGAAUUCAAAAAAAUUUCUCAUGUGUUAUCUGUAUUGGUUAAUAAUAUUUCUGAUUUAAAAAAAAGUUUGCAUUAUGCAAAGCUAAAGCUGCAAGCUGAGUACAGCAGUCAACUAGAAAAUAUCGUUACAGAGCUGCAUGCUGAUGUUAACAAAAAGUUUUUAGAUCUGCAAUCAAAACAUCAAGAACAUAUUAAUGUUGUUAGAAGAAGUUUUAAAACUCAACUAGCAAAUGCAAUUGCUCAACUUUCAAAAGAUUACCUUACUUAUAAUACAAAAGAAGAAGUUCUAAGUUGUAAAAUUGCUAACAAUAAUAUAAGUGAAACUAGAGAAAUAAAAAAAGAGCCUCCAGUUAAUAAAGAAAUAGAUACCAAUUUAGAUAACCUAGAUGAAAUGGCAAAGUUAUAUGCUUUAAAAUUAGAUGAGGCUGUAAAACAGCAAGAGUAUAAUUCUUUAAAAAAGUAUACAAAAGAUUUAGAAUCAAAGAUUGCAGAUUUAGAAACAAUAUUAGAGAUAGUAAAUAAUGAAAAAAUGGCUGUAACUUCUGAAAAAAUUACUUGUGCUAAUAGUUUGGAAGAAGAAAAAAAAAAAGUUGCAAAAUUGCUUGCGGAAUUGUCUGUUCAGCAAAAAGAAAUUUUAAAAGUUCAGCAACUUGGUGAAGCAAAACUUAUUGAACAGGAAUUCAAGUUUAAAUCAGAAAUAGAAAACCAGGUUCGAGUUGCAUGUGAAUCAGUAAGGAAUGAACUAACUAAUGACUUUUUAGAGAAGUCAAAAGAAGCAAAGGUAAUUCAAUCAAAAGAUAGCGAAGAACAUAUUAACAAAAUACAAGAAACUAGUAACAAGUUAAAAGUCCCAGUUACUUAUCCACCUUCAAAAUUUCAGGAUAGACAACGCUUUGAGCGUAUUAUGAACGAGCAGCAGUUGGAAAUCGCCAAGCUUGAAAAGGAAUUAGCUCAAAACAAAAAAGUGUGGAGCUUAAAAGUGAAGAUUCUCCAACAACAAAUCCAUGCUUUAAAAGAUGAAAUGUUUUUACGUACAACCUUGCAGAGGAAAACUAUUAAGAUGCGACAUGUUACAGUAGCUCUUAAAACAACAUUAAAAAACAAAUCUGUGUCAACUGGAGAAAAUUUUAUAGAAAUGAUUGACAACAAGUCACGCAAAUAUUGUUUGCCAGCAAUCAUUCAGUCACCAUCUUAAUAAUAUUGCAGUUAUAGUAAUAUAACUUUACUUUAUUUUAGUGGUUGUUUCUCCAUAGACAGUUACCGUUUUGAUAGUAACUGACAGUUAGAUUAUAUUAUGGUUAUUAUAGUUUUUGAAAAAAAUUGAUUAUUAUAAAA